GUUGCGGUUUGAAGCCUUGGAGAUGUUCAUGGCUACCUGACUGUAUUUGUACUCUAAUGGAGAUCUGAAGUGGAUGUGAACAUGGAUGCAGAACACAAAGGCUGUUUCAUAUCGACAAGACAUUAAUGAAUGGGACACAGGAGCGUCUGCCGGCCGUACUGCGCGAUGUGACAGGAUGCUGAACCAUCACUGCAGAAGGAACCCAGAGCUGCAGGAGGAGCUGCAGAUCCAGGCAGCGGUAGCGGCAGGCGAUGUUUACACCGUCCGCAAGAUGCUGGAGCAGGGCUACUCGCCCAAGAUCAGAGACGCCAACGGCUGGACGCUGCUGCACUUCUCUGCAGCAAAGGGCAAGGAGCGCUGCGUGCGUGUCUUCCUCGAGCACGGAGCGGAUCCCACAGUGAAGGACUUCAUCGGAGGCUUCACCGCUCUGCAUUACGCUGCCAUGCACGGCCGUGCCCGCAUCGCCCGCCUCAUGCUGGAGUCUGAGUACCGCAGCGACAUCAUCAACGCCAAGAGCAACGACGGCUGGACACCUCUGCAUGUGGCAGCUCAUUACGGCCGCGACUCCUUUGUGCGUCUUCUCCUGGAGUUCAAAGCUGAGGUGGAUCCUCUUAGCGACAAAGGCACCACGCCGCUCCAGCUCGCCAUCAUCCGCGAACGCUCCAGCUGCGUGCGCAUCCUGCUGGACCACAACGCUAACAUCGACAUCCAGAAUGGCUUCCUGCUGCGCUACGCCGUCAUUAAGGGCAACCACUCCUACUGCCGCAUGUUCCUGCAGCGCGGGGCCGACACUAACCUGGGCCGGCUGGAGGACGGACAGACACCGCUGCACCUGUCGGCCCUCAGAGACGAUGUGCAGUGCGCGCAGAUGCUCUACACGUACGGAGCGGACACCAACAUGAGGAACUACGAGGGCCAGACACCGGUCGCUGUUUCUAUUAGCAUGUCUGGCAACAGCCGGCCCUGUCUGGACUUCCUGCAGGAGGUCACAAGGCAGCCCAGGACGCUGCAGGAUCUGUGCAGGAUAAAGAUCCGGCAGUGCAUCGGCCUGCAGAGCCUGAAGCUCCUGGAAGAUCUGCCCAUCGCCAAGGUCAUGAAGGACUACCUAAAACACAGGUUCGACAACGUUUGACACAAGCCCACAAGACUCCUCCUGUAGGUUCCUUUAAGACUCUAUGCAAACUCUUUUUCACUUCUACACACAAAAAAAAGCUCUGGGAGCAGGCGCAGCGUUUUGUACAAACCCAGUGGAAAUGAUGCGGAGAAACGACUGCAAUGGCAACGUUGAUUCAUUUCUUAACGUGCAUGUUUGGAGAAAUCCUUGACCUGUAAGAGAAGAAAAACACGGAUGUUUGAUUUGUACCAAAAACCUCCUUUUUUGUCCUUAAAUCAACAAGUAUUUUCUACUGUCUAAAUUCUCCGAACGAUAAAAAGCCUUUUAGACUAAUUGGCGAACGUUUAACUCAUAUUUUUGGAUGCAUGCCAUUUUUUUGUGUGCUCAUGAAUGUUCAUUCAUCCUUAAUAUUAAAUUAUUUAAUCCAAUUCGUUCGUAUUAGAAGUAGUGUUGUCAUGAUAUUGGAAUUCGAUGUCAAUCGAUACUUAAAUUUUAAAAUCGUCCAUUUCCCGCUAACAUUUGAGUGCUGUGGAGCACGUUCUUAAACAGCGCUGAAUUGCCAUUGUGUUCACGUGCUCAACAGAAAUGACAAUGUUUGGCCGUGAAGGUCAUCAGUUCACCUAACUCACCGCUGUUUACGGAGAGUAACUACAGAUACAGGGACACUGGAGCGUUUUAAAGCCGUGAUUCAUCAGUGGAUUGCUCGUAUGUCAGCUUAUAGACAAACCAGCUGAUCGACGUGACUUUGAAACGCUCCAGUGUCCCUGUAUCUGUGUUUACACUCGGUGAGUUCGGUGAGGUGAUGACCUUCACAGCCAAUCACAGCCAUUUCUGUUGAGCAUGUGAACACAAUGGCAAUUCAGCGCUGUUUAAGAACUCGUAUAAAUGUUAGCGGGAAAUGGACGUUAUUUAAAUUUCAGUAUCGAUUGGUACCGAAUUCCAGUAUCGUGACGACACUAAUUAAAAGAAAGAGAAAAAAACAUACCAAAAACAAAAAAGAAAUCCACCCCACAGGCUCUCCGUUUUUCUCAGCAAACGUUUUGUCCUUAAUUAAUGUUUAAUUUUAUAUUUUUUUUUGUACACUACUUUUCUUUUUCCUUUUUUUUUUUUAAGUUGAGAUUCAGUAUCACAGGUGCUCACCUUUAGGUUUCAUAAUAAAGGUAAAUUAAAAUGUUCUAGACAUAAGUGUACACACACACACACACACACACACACACGCAGGAGAUCAUUAAACUUUAUGUAAAUAAUUGUGUUAUAUGUACAGCAGAUAUUUUUAGACUAUUUAAGCCACAAGCUUGUGUUAUGAAAGUGUUUUGGUUGAGUGGUUUUGUGUUUUUCAUGUGACUGUCAAGGGCUUUGAUGUGGAAACAACGUCCAGAUAAUUAUAUACAACAGCUAUUUUAUUUGACCAUCAUUUGUUUCAGUUAAAAAAAAAAGAACAUUGUUAGUUAUGGGCAUGGAAAAUCUCUUAAAAGCAGCAACUUAAUGUUUUUUUUCUUUCAUUUUAUAGUAUAUAUAUUGAGUUGAAAUGCACUUAAUUUCUUUUGCAACAUUUGAUAAAUGCUUCUGCAUAGCAAUAAAGGGAUAGCUCACCCCAAAAUAAAUGUCAAUUUAUUAACACUCAAGUGGUUUCAACCCUUUAUGAGUUUGUUUAUACUGUUGGACUCUAAAACUAUAUAUUUAGAAAAUAAUAAUAAUAAUAAUAUUAUGGAAGUCAAUGGUUACAGGUUGGUAUCUAACAACAAUGAAAACUCUAGGUUUGAAAUAAGUAAAGGGUGAGUAAAUAAUUAUAAAAUAUAUAUCUCUCAUUAAAUUAAUGUUAAUGUAACACUUUGUUCGGUUUAUAAAUUUUUUAGUCAGAUAACAUCUUAAUUUUUACUUUUUAUUUUAGCGGGAGGGACUGAAAUUAAAAGAAUGUGUAUGUAUAUGUAUAUUAUAUCCAUUGACUUCUGUUAAAAAAUACUUGGAAAGUCAAUGGUUACAGAUUUCCAACAUUUUUCAAACAAUCCUUUUUUUGUCCGACAGAAUAAAAACCUCAUAGGAUUGAAAAUAAUAGUAACAGUAAAU